AGGGAGGUGCGGGGACCGGUGCAAAUUCGUUUGCAGCACGGAUGAUGGCAAAAAUGGGGUACAAAGAAGGCCAGGGUCUGGGUUCGAGUGGACAGGGUAUCGUCAACCCCAUCGAGGUGCAGGCCCGCCCACAGGGUAUUGGGUUGGGUGGUGUGCGCGAGAAGACAAAACAAGCCCGCGAGGAAGAAAAACGCGAGGCAGCACGGAGGGGAGAGGUUCUGGAAGACAGUUCCGAUGAAGAACGGAAGAGACGACAGAAGAGGAGGGAGGAGAAGAAGCAACAGCGAGAUAGCCGCAGUGCGACGGGCACACCGAUACCGCGAGCGAAGCCCAAAUUCCGGACUGCUCGUGAGAUGGAGGAUGAUAUGGCGGGCCUUGAGGUCCCCAAUGUGCUCAAGUCCCUCAUCGACGCCACUGGCAAAGAACAGAGGGUUCUAACGUCCACCGCAGGGCUGAUGGCCCCGCUAGAGUUCGUGAAUGAGAGUGAAGGAGAGGCGCUCAAGAUCGCCCGACGUGCGCGUACAGAUUUGGAAGCUUUUGCGGACGAGUGGAAGGGUCUGACGGAACGCAAGAAUUAUAUCGAGAUGGAGGAGGCCCAGACGGUCGAAGAACUGGACACUCAGCAGCACAAGAUAGACCAGCUCGGACAGCUUAUCGCGGCAGUGGGACAGCUAGAGAUCUUUACUGAGGACGAUACGAUAGCCCGGUUCGAUCAACUCACGGGGAAAUUGGAAUCCAUCGAGUCGGCAUACCGUGAGAUGGUCGAUGACUACCGACUAUCGGAGACUGCUGUUGCUGCCAUCCAUCCUCUCUUUCGCCAGGCGAUGGAAGAUUGGGAACCGCUCAAGGAGCCGACUUUGUUGGUAUCGCAUCUUCGCCGUCUUCUCCCCCUCCUCUCCCGAAAGUCUACCGAAGAAAACAAACACCGGCAGUCUACGUCGCCCUAUGAGACGAUGAUCUACACCUUGUGGUUGCCUCGGGUCCGCUCAGCCCUUCUCAACGACUGGGAUGUCUACGAUCCUGCACCAGCUACCGCUCUGGUCGUGGCAUGGAAAGAAAUUAUUCCGCCGUUCAUCUACACCAACGUUUUGGACCAGCUUGUGGUUCCAAAGCUGAGCAAUGCUCUCAAAGAAUGGAAACCGAGAAGUAGUAGCAGGCGCCAUGGAUCAUCACGUCAGCAUUCCCAGAAAUUCCCAUGGUGGCUCUUCACCUGGUUGCAGUAUCUGGACGAACGCCACACCAACCCGAAGCAUGCCACUGGUCUUCUGUCGGAUGCAAAACGGAAAUUCCGCGUGGUACUGGAUACCUGGGAUAUCCGCCAGGGUCUCAUCAACGGGGUUGAACUGUGGAAAGACGCCCUAGGGUCAGAAUUCGAUGUGUCAUUGCGGAACCACCUCCUGCCGCGCCUGGCCCGUCACCUCCGUGAAGACUUUGAAGUCAACCCGCAAGAUCAAGAUCUGACGGCACUAGAAGACGUAUUGAAGUGGAAGCCAUUCUUCAAGUUGAACGUGAUUGGCCUGCUCCUUGUCGCCGAGUUCUUCCCCAAGUGGCACCAGAUUCUUUACGUCUGGCUGACCAACGACCCCAACUACGAAGAAGUCGCAGAAUGGUUCUCCUGGUGGUGCAGCCAGUUCCCAGAGGAAAUCAAUCAGCUCAAAAUUGUUGAUGAAGAAUGGACAAAGGGCCUCGUUACCAUGGAUCGGGCUUCUCGUUUGGGCGACCGCGCCGCCGCCGAACUCCCCCCGCCAACAGCCACAACAGCAACAACCCAGACAGCCAAGGAGACCGCAGCAGCACAGCCAGCUAUUUCAGAUGUUCCUCCUGCACAAGCUCCACGCAAACCCAAAGUAGCGGAGGAGGUUGCCUUCAAGGACAUCCUGGAGGUCUGGUGCGCCGAGCAGGGUCUGAUUAUGCUUCCCUUACGCGAAGCCCAUCCGCAGAACGGGCAGCCCUUGUUCCGCAUCACUGCCAGCGCAACAGGCAAAGGCGGCGUGGUCGCUUUCAUUCAAGGCGACGUCGUCUGGACACAGAACAAGAAGGCCAAAGACCUCUGGGAACCGAUGGGCUUGGAAGAUCGACUGGUCGAACGGGCAGAGGGGAGAUGAAGGUCACGGGGCUCCUGUAUAUAUUCAAUUUGCCAUGAGUAUGAUAUUUUGCCAUGAGGAUAUCCACAUCAGAAAAGAAUGGCCAAAGACUUAUGACCUGGCCGUGUAGAAUAGUAGCAUAGCAGCAUAGCAGCAUAGCCAUAGUGGCAUAGCUAUCAAAAAUCAUGUGACUCCGACCCCUGAUGAGUC